CUGACCCGGAAAACAGCGGCCAACUCCCACGGUGAAAACAUGUCGAUGGGCUUGGAGAUCGGCGGCGUGUCGCUAGCUCUCCUGGGCUGGAUCUGCACCAUCCUGUGCUGCGGGCUGCCCAUGUGGAAGGUGACGGCCUUCAUCGGCUACAACAUCGUCACGGCCCAGUUCACCUGGGAAGGGCUGUGGAUGGACUGCGUGGUCCAGAGCACGGGGCAGAUGCAGUGCAAGGUCUACGACUCCAUGCUGGCCCUGGCCCAGGACAUCCAGGCUGCCCGGGCCCUGAUGGUCAUCGCCAUCGUCCUGGGGGCGCUGGGGAUCUUAAUCUUCCUCAUGGGGGCGCAGUGCACCCGCUGCAUCGAGGAAGAGACCACCAAGUCCAAGGUCACCAUCGUCUCCGGGGUCAUCUUCCUGGUGGCCGGCCUCAUGACCCUCAUCCCCGUCUGCUGGUCGGCCAACCAGAUCAUCCGCGACUUCUACAACAUUGCGGUUCCCCAACCGAUGAAGCGAGAGCUGGGCGCCGCGCUCUACAUCGGCUGGGCGGCGGCAGCCCUCUUACUUUUCGGGGGGUCCCUGCUCUGCUGCUCCUGCCCCCCCAAGGAUGAGAAGUACAGACCCACGAACGUGGUCUACUCGGCACCCAAGUCGACGCUGGCCAGCUAUGACAAGAAGAACUACGUGUGA